CAUCAGGCUGACGGUGGUGUGAUCAGGGAGGAGGAAGAGGAGACGUAUGCACCGAGUCCACACAAGCACCUGUGCGCUCUUAUUCUGAAGGUUUGCCCCCCCUCACCUGUGCGCAGCAGGUACCACAGAGCUUCACUUUUAUUCUGGAGCCUGAGGAGACAGACGUGGGUUCCAUCCCCCGCUCAGCCGUGGAUCGAGUCUCCCUCCUCGGUGUCUUCAUGGAGAGGAGGCUGAGCAAUGCGCGCCCAGCAUGGCUGUGGCUCCAGCAGCGACCACCCAGGGACCGGUAUGGCUUUUAGCCGCAUCCGAAAACUGGACGCCCCGUCCCGCGGCAUCUUCCGGAGAGCGGCGGUCAUGCUCGGCUCGCUCCUCGCCUCCCUCUUCCUCCUGCACUGCCUCACCGACCGCUGCUGCACCAUCACCCCCGCGGCCGCCUCCGCCUCCCCGGGCCAAGCCUCCUCCUCCGGGCGGCUCUUCGAGGACCUGAGGUCGCUGAGGACCAAGCGGCUGGUGUACGAAUGGACCCCCGGGUCCGCGCGCUCCUCGCCGUGGCUCGCGGACCCGCCGGCCGGGGAGUCGCUCCUCCUGCCGCCUCCGGAUCUAGUCGCCUCCAGGAAAGUGUCUCCGAGGUUCGCAGGUAAACUCAGCCCGCUCGGGGAGGGGAGCAAGAAGCUGCCGCAGGCUCUCAUCAUCGGGGUGAAGAAAGGAGGCACCCGGGCUCUGCUGGAGUUUCUCCGGGUUCAUCCGGACAUCAGGGCCGUGGGAGCGGAGCCGCACUUCUUCGACCGCAACUAUGAGAACGGGCUGGAGUGGUACAGGGAGCUGAUGCCCAAGACCCUGGAGGGCCAGAUCACCAUGGAGAAGACCCCCAGCUACUUUGUGACUAGAGAGGUCCCCGCCCGGAUCGCCGCCAUGUCCCGGGACACCAAGCUGAUCGUGGUGGUGAGGGACCCGGUCACCAGGGCUAUCUCCGACUACACACAGACACUGUCCAAGAAGCCCGACAUUCCCUCCUUCGAGAGCCUCACCUUCAAAAACAGGACUACGGGGCUCAUCGACACCUCGUGGAGCGCCGUCCAGAUCGGCAUCUACGCCAAGCACCUGGACAACUGGCUGCAGUACUUCCCCAUGGGCCAGAUCCUGUUCGUGAGCGGCGAGCGGCUGAUCAGCGACCCGGCCGGAGAGCUGGGCCGCGUGCAGGACUUCCUGGGCCUCAAGCGCAUCAUCACGGACAAACACUUUUACUUCAACCAGACCAAGGGCUUCCCGUGCCUCAAGAAGGCCGAGGGCAGCAGCAAGCCCCACUGCCUGGGGAAAACCAAAGGGAGGACCCACCCGAACAUUGACCCCGAGGUGGUGCAGAGGCUGCGGGACUUCUACCGGCCCUUCAACAUGAAGUUCUACCAGAUGACGGGACGCUUCUUCGGCUGGGAGGACUGAGUGGGACACUGAGGACUGUCUGGAAAUACCACGAUGGACGAGUGAGGACCACUUUCAAAGGGAAAACACUUUUGGGUACAAAUUCGUGACAUUUCAAGGAAUAGCACAGAUAUUAUUUCUAAAAGUUUUAGUUUUAGUACAUUUUGUAAAUAUCGGGAAAAUAGAAGCAAAGCUAAACCUUGGAGAUUUAAUCUGAUAUAACUGAUCAAAUUCUAUUAUUUGGAUUUAUUCUCGAAAAUAAGAAUCAAUCUCAAAAUACUUUCUCAUAGAUUUAUAUUUAAUUUAAUACUCAUGUUAACAUGGAGGCUUUACUUUUGUGCAUUUAUUCUUUGAAUUUUUAUUAUUAUUUAAAAACAAAUAUAUAUAUAUAUAUGAUUCAUAUAAUAAAAUCAUAAUCAUAUAUUGAAAUUAUUUAUUCCUACAAAUUAUGAAUGUAGUAAUUGUAAAAGAAAACAAGAUCUUAUAUAACAGCCAAUGGAAAUUAUAGGACUUUUUUCCAGAAAUAUUUGUUUUUUUCCUAACACCAUUAUUUUUGUAAUAUUAUAAACUUUUCUCAAACUUUUGGACUUUGCUCUGUGAACUUCCAGAGAUGUCUCGACUUGGUUGUCAAAACGUUUGCUCCCCCGACGGUGUCCUCGCCGCUCACCCUAAGCAAUAUGUGGCUGUUCCAGGAGAGAGGAGGGUCCCCCCUCUCCUCGGCGGCAGCCCUGAUAUGCAAUCUUUCACCGUUACAUCAUUCAUCAUCAGCGCUGCCUCUAAUCCACAAUCAUGGAGAUGUUUUCAUCCGAGAAAAAGACGAUUGAGCUGUUGAGGGAUUUUCGUCACGUCUCCCUGCACUAUCUGAAGAAACUCCUCUUUCUUUGACUUUUUUAUUUUUGAACUCCGAAGUCCUCGCCUGCGAGAGGGAGACUGUGAUCUGCAGUGCUUCUUUAAGAAGAUGUGUUCAGGGGCUUUUGAUAAAAGCUCUUGCUGAGUGAUUCAAUGCCAUAUUUUAAACAUACAUAGCUGCUUUCAAAAAAUUUCUAGCAAAAAGAAUAUAAAGAAAAAGAUAAAAAUAUAUAUGUAUUUUUGAAAUGUAUUUAUUCAAGAGGUACACACGCAGUAUGUUUGUAUUUUGAAUAACUCCUCAGUGAUUAUUUGCUCUUGUAUUAUUACGCUCCCCAUGCCUUUUAGAGUAUUGUUUGUUUUAUACUGAACGCUUAAAAAAAACGUGUGUUAAUUUCAGGUCAUCCGUUCUAACAUGUAUCUGCCGCACAGUGCGUGGACACGUGUGGUCUGAGCCUCCGGCUUCAGAGCUGUGUUAUUUCAGGGGUUUGUUCCCCCACCUUCAGUUAAUGAAGUUAAAGGCAAAGAUAGCACUCGCGAUUAUUCAAGCACCGGCGACUGCGGUGGAGGUGAGGGACCUCCGCCUCGCCUGCCCCGACCGCGACUCCAGUUUCCUCAACAUGCCUCCUUGUGAAUUGAAUACACUUGAUGUCACUGGCCUUCCUUGCCUCGAGGCUAUGUGUGUAUGUGUGUGAAUACAAGUGUGUGUGUGUGUGUGUGUGAGCGAAUGUGUGGAAGUCUUCUCAAACCCAGGGGUGCAUGAGAACAAUGGCUGAGUUGUGUUCCUAAUUUCUCUCUACUUGUAUUGUGAGCCACUUUCUGAAAGCAGAUGUUCUUCAAAGGCACAAAAAUCAACAGUGUGUUUUUUUUGGGGGGGGGGCGGGGAGCAUCAGAAAACAACCUAAUAUACAUUCUGUCUUUUGGGCGAUUAUAUUACCAAUCUAACUGUGCUGACUGUUGUUUACUCCGAGUUGUAGGGAUUUUUAAGGCACUCAUUGAAUAAAAGAUGUUAUAUGUAAACGUUUUAAUUAUAA